AUGGAUCCAUCGCAAGCCCAAAGCCCGCCCUCGUCGCGGCUAUCUGCGAUGGUCUUGAGCAACUCGCCGUCAGAUCGGCUGGCUGUGAUGGCCUUAAACAGCUCUCCCUCGGAGCAGCUAGCUGCAAUGGUCUUGAACAGCUCGCCCGCUCAGCAGGCUCCACCUGAUGCUCCGCGUGAUGCUCCUACUGAGGUUCCCUCCUCUCGCACCUCUUUGUUUGGUAACGCCUCCCCUUCUUGCACUCCUCCCUUGGUCGAGAGUCCUUCUUCUUCCCCCACCCCAACCCCUCCCAGUACACCUUCCCCGCUGGACAGGCGCCUAUCUAACAACUUGAAUCGUUCUCCUUCGCGGACUCCUCGUGAUGACGCCCAGUCUGAUCAAACCUCUGGAGACUUUCCUUACUUGCCAAGAGAGCCAUCGCUCCCGUAUGAAGCUUGGGAAAAUGUCUUUUUUGCCACGCUUGCUAGUGACUCGUAUGAGGAAUAUGACUUCGCUUAUGGGGAUGUCUUUGAACACCCGGCGACCAAAAAGACCCUUUCGACUCUGAGACUCGUGAACCGAAUCUGGAACCGGAUUGCGAGUCCUCUCUUCUUCCGAUACAUCCAGGCCGUCGUCGGAUACUCUGCUGGUCGACCUCUUGAUAGCAUUCUAAGGAUUUCCGAAAGCCCAUACGCCCUUUACGUGCGCGACGUGCGUUUUGGUUUCGUGGGGGCAUGGCUUCCAGGGCUGGAUUACGAUCGGUACAUCGACGACUUGGCAGCAGGAGCUCUUCCAAUCCUGAUCAGUCGUUUCCAGAACAUUCAAACAUUGCGGUUGCAAACACCCACCGUGGUGGACACAUUCAGUGAAGAAGGACAACUCAAGCCGCCGAUGCUGGCCAAGCUGACAAACGCUCUUGUGCAUACCUUACGCUUGGUGCCUGUCCCGAGACUGAGAUGUCUCCAUAUGUCUAUGCCCACCACCGCGGAAUUUGCCCGUUUCUUCGAGUCGAAUAGUUACGCCAGGAGCUUCACCAAUGUUUUCGCCCAACUCGAAGAGCUACACAUCACGAUUAAUGACAGCACCGGCCCUGAUGGCAGGCGAGAACCAAAAUGGCCCCGCUCAGUGAUCAAGGCCAAGUAUCCGCUCGAUCGAUUUGCUCCGUAUCUCGUCCAGCUCAUCGCUUACGCGGAACGGAUCCAGGUCUUCAGUCUAGAUGCCCGUACCUGGUUUGACGUGUCCGAUCUGGAAGCAGAAAGCCUCACUAAGCUGAAAAGCUUCCGGCUCGAAGGUGUGAGAAUCAAGGACGAAACCCUCAGACAGAUUUUCAUACAGGCUCGGGAUACACUGCGUCGCGUUGAGUUGGUCCACGUUCGGCUCAUGUCUGGUACCUGGCAGGAUGUUUUCGAUCAUUAUGCGCUUCCUCCGGGGAACCUUUCGUGGCUUCGGGUUGAUGGAUGUGGCUAUUCGACGACAGGUGCCAGUGCCAAAUAUGCGGGUUAUUCACUCUCGCGCUACCCAACAGCACUCUGGACCCUCAAUGGCCGCGACUGGUUGGCUCUUACGCACUGGAGAUCGGUGGUGAAUAGAACCCGUCAACGCAGGAGACUGCCGAGAUGUCCGCAUUGCUUUUUUCCAUCAAUUAACCCGAUUCAUCAUAUCUAA